GUCAAAUUGAAAAUGAAUUGGAACCAAUACUUCAUGAAAAUGAUAUGAACGUGCCAGAUGAACAUGAAAAACGUAUUAAAUUUUUAUUAGGUAUACUUACAUCUGUCAGUGAUAUUACUGCUUACUUUCCGUCGUUGGCAAAACAAUUAGUGGAUGAAGAAUUGCAACAAAGACAUUCAUGA